UCACGGCCAACUUCUGUCGGUUUAAGUGUGUUCGGAGGCAGGAAGUAUUUUUAUAAACGUCAUUUGGCGGUUCAUUUAAGAAACAUAUCGUUGGUUCCAGCCGAUCUAUAACUCUAAAGAAGGCAAUAAUGUAAUAUAUAAAAAAUGGCGAUAAGGCGAACCUUGUCUCUGGCAAGGGCAGUCGCAGAAAGAGUUGUAGAGGCGCCAACUGUAAGAGCGAGGCGACAGGCAUUGACGUUGACGGACACGGCAGCUAACAGAAUUCGUCAACUGCUCGAAUUGCGACAGAAACCCUUCUUGAGAUUGGGGGUCAAGGCUCGCGGAUGCAAUGGACUCUCUUAUACCCUUAACCAUGCAGAUGAGAAAGGAAAAUUUGAUGAAGUAGUGGAGGACAAAGGAGUCAAAGUUUUGAUUGAUCCAAGAGCACUUAUGCAUGUCAUUGGGACUCAGAUGGACUUUGUGGAGGAUAGACUGAAGUCAGAGUUUGUAUUUAUCAAUCCAAAUUCUAAAGGAGAAUGUGGCUGUGGAGAAUCAUUCAAAACAUAAGCAUACAUGUAAAGGGCUUAGGUAUCUUUCUAACUAUUAUUUUGAGCUACUCAAAAUUAUCUUGGGUGGUAGAUGUAAACUUCUGGAUAAAACUGUGUGUAUAGUUUUUAUCCAGAAGUUUACAUCUACUAUUCAUGGACUGUGGAAAACUAAUACCAUCGAUUAUCUUGGGUGCCCAAACACAAUAUUUAUGUAAAUUGUUUUGAUGGGAGGAAAGUAAGGUUUUAUUCAGCAGGUUAUUGUUUGGAGAGAUCUGUUACCUUCUGGAGCUGAUUUUGGCACAGUUUUGACACAUUCUUAAAUAUUAAGAUGAAAAUUUGUCCAAAUUCUGAAGAAAAGGUGGUCCCAUCUUCACCCACAAUAAAUAUAGCUUUAAUGUUCGUUUAUUAGA